AUGAGGGAAAGGAAGGCAACAGAUCCACUCCAUUCAUCCACAGAUCUGACUGAAGGGAAGGAGAAGUUAACACUGAAACAAGAGGUCAGCCUGAUUAGUGGCGUGUCGUUAAUUGCAGGUACCAUGAUAGGCUCAGGGAUCUUUAUGUCCCCUGAGUGGGUACUACACCACAUGGGGAACCCUGCCAGCAGCCUGUUGAUCUGGGCAGCAUGUGGUCUCCUGGCCAUGUUUGGAGCCUUGUCAUAUGCUGAGCUUGGAACAAUAAUUAAAGAGUCUGGAGGAGAAUAUAUUUACAUUUUGAGGAUUUUUGGUUCCUUUCCUGCUUUCCUUUUCGCCUACACUUCUGUCAUCCUGGUGAGACCAGCUGGUUUGGCAGCUGUCUGUCUGAGCUUUGCUGAGUACGCCAUCGCGCCGUUCUACCCAGGAUGUUCAUCUCCGCAGGUUGCCAUCAAAUGUACAGCUGCCGCCUGCAUCCUGAUUUUAACUAUCAUCAACUGCCUCAACGUGAGGCUGGCAACAUCUGUUAUGAACAUUUUUACAGCUGCCAAACUCUUGGCUUUGUUGGUGAUUGUGGUGGGUGGGUUGGUGCUGCUUGCCAAGGGACAAACUCAGAGUUUUCAGAAUGGUUUUCAAGGCACCACUGCAGGUAUUGGGGCAGUUGGAGUGGCGUUUUACCAGGGGCUCUGGUCCUAUGAUGGAUGGAACAACCUAAAUUAUGUAACUGAGGAACUGAAGAAGCCUGAGGUGACCCUUCCCAGAGCUGUGAUGAUUGCCAUUCCUUUGGUUACAUGCCUGUAUUUGCUGGUAAACGUGAGCUACUUGGCAGCCAUGACUCCCUCUGAGCUGCUGUCUUCAGGAGCUGUGGCUGUCACUUGGGGGGACAAAGUCCUGGGCAGCUGGGCAUGGCUCAUCUCCCUGUCGGUGGCCCUGUCUACAUUUGGUUCCUCCAACGGGACCUUCUUCAGUGGAGGCCGUGUGUGCUACAUUGCUGCCAGGGAGGGCCACAUGCCAGACAUUCUGUCCAUGGCUCAUGUGGGACGCCUCACGCCCUCCCCUGCUCUACUGUUCACAUCUGCCAUGUCUUUAAUAAUGAUAAUAUCAGGGAACUUCACCAGCAUCGUCAACUUCUUCAGUUUUAUAGCAUGGCUUUUCUAUGGAAUGACUAUUUCUGGGCUCCUGUAUUUAAAAAUCAAGAAACCAGAACUGCCAAGAUCUUACAAGGUCCCAAUUAUCAUCCCAAUAAUUGUGCUGAUGGCAGCUGUGUACCUGGUGUUAGCUCCCAUCAUUGAUCAGCCCCAAAUAGAGAUCCUCUACAUCAUCCUGUUCAUUUUCAGUGGCAUCAUUUUUUAUUUCCCACUGGUUCGCUUCAAGUACCACCCUCGCUUCUUACAGAGAGUCACUUUGCACCUCCAGUUGUUGCUGGAAGUUGCUCCAACUACCAGGGAUGCAAACUGAGAUAACAUCCUUCCUUCACGUGGCUGCCUGCACCUCAUGGUUUAUCCCUUGGUUUUCAAGCUCAGAAAAUAUUCUUCUGUAAAGAGCAAUGAGUAGAA